CGCGCGGCGUCUCCGUGCCGGUGGAGCGGCGGCCGCAGCUGGAGGCGCGGGUUUGCCCGUCCUUUCCCGAGCUGCGUGUGGUAACGGUAACGCGGAUUCCAUGUCUUUUCUUCGGUGGGUGUCUGAAAAGUUCAUUGUUGAGGGCUUAAGAGAGUUCGAACUGUUUGGAGAGCAGCCUCUGGGUGACUCUCGGAGAAAAACAAAUGAGGCGAGCUCCGAGUCGAUAGCUCCUUCCCCUAAAAGGGACACCAUGAGCAACUUCCAGCCAGACAGCAGCUGUUACGAGUUGCUCACUAUCAUAGGCAGAGGCUUUGAAGACUUGAUGGUUGUGAACCUGGCCAAGUAUAAACCCACAGGAGAGUAUGUCACAGUCAGAAGAGUGAACUUGGAGGCCUGCACAAAUGAAAUGGUCACAUUCUUGCAGGGGGAACUUCAUGUUUCCAAGCUCUUCAACCACCCCAACAUCGUGCCAUACAAAGCAACUUUCAUAGCUGACAAUGAGCUGUGGGUGGUGACGUCUUUCAUGGCCUAUGGUUCUGCAAAAGAUCUGAUCUGUACCCAUUUUAUGGAUGGGAUGAGUGAACUGGCCAUUGCAUAUAUCCUCCAAGGCGUAUUGAAAGCACUUGACUACAUCCACCAUAUGGGCUAUGUACAUAGGAGUGUCAAAGCCAGCCAUAUCCUGAUCUCUGUGGAUGGGAAGGUUUACCUCUCCGGCCUGCGCAGUAAUCUCAGUAUGAUCAACCAUGGGCAGCGACUCAAAGUAGUUCAUGACUUCCCCAAAUACAGCAUCAAAGUCCUGCCUUGGCUCAGCCCUGAAGUCUUGCAGCAGAAUCUGCAGGGGUACGAUGCAAAAUCUGACAUCUACAGCAUAGGGAUAACGGCCUGUGAGCUGGCAAACGGCCAUGUACCAUUCAAAGACAUGCCUUCUACCCAGAUGCUCUUGGAGAAGCUGAAUGGAACUGUUCCCUGCUUGCUUGACACCACCACAAUUCCUGCUGAUGAGCUGACCAUGAAGACCUCCCGUUCAAGUGCAAAUUAUGGGAUGGGUGAGAAUAUGGCUGUCAGCAACGUGAGAGCAGCCAAUGGGGAGCCAACCCUGCACCCUUAUCUUCGGACCUUCUCCACCUGCUUCCAUAACUUUGUGGAGCAGUGCCUCCAGCGGAAUCCUGACUUCAGGCCGAGCGCUGGCACUCUGCUGAACCACCCCUUUUUCAAGCAGAUCAAGCGCCGCGCUUCCGAAGCACUCCCUGAACUUCUGCGCCCCGUCACCCCAAUCACCAACUUGGAAGGAACGAGGCCGCAGGAUCCCAGUGGCAUUUUUGGGCUGGUAUCCAACCUGGAGCAGCUGGAUGUGGAUGACUGGGAGUUCUAGAGAAACAGGGACUGCGCCUGGCUCUGGAGGAGCUUUCUGGGCAUUGUAGUUCAUUGGCUGUGCUCAUAAAAGGUGGUGAAUGUUACGCAUAGGAGAGUUUACAGGUCCUUGGGAAGGAACUGCAGCUGCCUGUUUACGUACAAACGCACAGACCCGACCUGGAAAGGAUCAGCCCCAGGGAAGUGUGGAGUCCUCUGGAUGGUGCUGUGCCCAGAUCUACACUGGCAGAUCACUCGAGUGGGUUGAGUGAGUCUGUGUAGUUAUGGUCUUUAUUUAUAUGUUACUGAAAAUCACUGGCUUCCUCGUUCCCCAGUUGAAGGCUCCACGUCCCUCCCCUUUGGUUCUUCCUCCUUGAAGGGUGCCUUAGAGUGACAGGGAGGUGGCAGCUCUUGGUUUGGGGCAUUCUCUUCAAGCUCCUCAGAGCUGUCACAGGUAAGUUUUGACAAUGUGGGUUAAAAAGGGAGGAUGACCUUAAAUCUAGGUCCUGCUUUGAAAUGAAAGAGACCCAAUUUCAUUCCAUUCACAACCACUGCACUGGGUGUUCUCUGCAGCACUGGAUUCUUUUCCAGCUCUGGAAUGAGCUUUUGAGGCUCUUCUUACUUGAUCCCAAGCCCUCUUGAGUACCAGAUGGGGUAUUCCAGCCUCUCCUCCCAGGGCUGCUUGGGUCACCAGCCCAAGCUUACCCCUUUCCAGUGAACCAGCUUUCUUAACCCCCAGCACAUCCAGCUGAGCCUCCCCUUAGCUGGGCUGGUUUCACAGCACCAGCCACUCACACCAGCUUGGUCCCAGUGCCUGCCCCUGGCGCACAGGAAAACGAAGUUGAUUUUCAUGCAUGACUCCUCUCUGAACAUCAUGUACAGAGUUCAGCCUCCCAUUACCACUGCUGUGCUGCCCUCCCUGCCUGACCAACAGGGAAAAGCUUGGCUCCCCUUGACUCAUGGCUGUGUGACUCUGCCCUGCUCCUGCAGCAGUGCUCCCCCUUCCUUGGGGUUGGUGUUUGGAUGUGAAGUGAAGGCUUUGAGUUUGACCUUUCCAAGGACCGUGGGUGCUGGAGGUGGCGCAGUGGUGCUGGCCACAGGUCCUCAUUGUGUGUCGAACCCGUACUUGAAUGCAGAUGAAGUUUGUUACUCUAGUUUUUUGCCAAAACAAAUAAACUAUUUCUGAAGUUGUUUUUUAA